AUGUCUGCGUCGCAUGGGUAUGUCGCAACAAUCAUUUUUUUGACAAUCUUACUUUGUCUACGUACACUAAUUUUCGUUCCGUUUUCUUACUAUUCUGACUUUGUAAUAGAAGCUAGACAUGGUUUCAACAAACAAACAGUGACGUUUUUUAUUAAAGACAAAAUAAAAAAAUUGUUGUUGACUUUAUUUUUCGGGAUUUUUAUUGGGGUGGUUACACUCUUUAUAAUAAAUAAAACUGGAGAAUCAUUUGCGGAUUAUUUAACACAAUUCGUUUUUAUUUUUAUUUUCUAUAUAUAUGGAGAGUUUAUAGCUCCUUUAUUUGAUACUUUUCGUGAAUUGCCACAGUCAGAGUUGCGUACAAGAAUUGAAGAUUUGGCCUCUUCUUUGAACUUUCCCCUUCAUAGACUUUUUGUGGUUGAAGGUAAUUUUUUAUUAUUUUAUUUUUUAGGAUCCAAAAGAUCAUCUCACAGUAAUGCUUAUGUGACUGGAUUUUAUAAAAAGAAGAAAAUUGUUUUAUACGAUACACUUAUUGGAACCGAUAAUUCGGAAAAUAUUCAACUUUUCAUUACAUUCAAAACAUGUGGAUAUUUUUUGUAUAACUCUAAAUUCUACAAUGCCUUUGGAUUUGGAACUGUGAAUGUUUCAGAAAUGCCUCCGUUGAUUGGACUUGUCUUAAUUGCUCAGUACCUUAUUUCACCACUUCAAGAACUAUUGAAUAUAUUAAUGGUCACUGCGACUAGAUAUAACGAGUUUGGAGCUGACAGAUUUUCUACAAUGAUUGGAUAUGGGGAUUACUUACAAUCUGCAUUAAAAAAAUUGUAUCGAAAUAAUUUGUCGUUUAUUUACGAUGAUUGGUUAUAUGCCAAAUUGAAAUAUACACAUCCACCAUUGAUUGAGAGACUCGAUGCAAUAAUCAAUGAUUCCAAAAAGAUUUCUUAG